CGCCACACUUUGGGAAGUAGUGGUCUUGGUGUACCUAAUAAACUGACACAUAAAAGGAAGGUUUGAAUGCCAGUUUUAAAAAUCUGCAGUACAUAUGAAAAUCUCGCACAGCUUUAACUUUUGUGGCCAGACUCUUAUUCUCUUUCUGUUGCAUGAACACAGCUAUUUCUCUUUAUCAGCACUGGCUACACCUGUGAAGGCAGCUCCGUUUUCCCACUGACAGAGUUGAGAUUUGGUGGCAGUUAAUCAUUUCUAAUCUCCCCUUGCUGCCACAUGCACACUCUACCCAUAUGAGAGAAGAAGUGUCCAGUUUUUAGACAUGUUCUGGAGGAUUUCUUGCUUGGUUCUUUUUCUUGCUUCCCUCUGGGCUCCGGUUCAUGGUGGGCCCAUGACGAGCCCCCACCCCAACAUAACGGACCAGGAGCUGUUCUGGGGCUCAGAUCAGUAUGACUUCUCUGUGGUGCUUCCUGCUGGUGGGUUGGAGUGUUUCUGGCACUUUGCUCAUCGUGGAGAGCACUUCUACCUGAACUUUGUGGUCCAGUGGGUGACUGGAGUCGGCCAUGACUCCCACUUGUCUGUCAUGGUCAACGCUCCAGGAGGUUUGGUGGUGUCGUCUGUUGAUGAGGCAAAGGGCGGGAUCAACUUUAAGGCUGAGGAAACAGGUUUCUAUCAAAUGUGUUUCAGCAACUUCCACAACCGAUUUGGGAACAUGCAGAUCUUCCUCAGCUUUGGUGUUUUCUACGAGGGCCAGCAGGACCCCGCCAAGAGCAAAGAAGAAGAAAAGAAGAAGAAGGAGGAAGUCAGCAAGGACCUGAACAACACACUGACCAUCAUAGCGGAUGCGACUCACAGAGUGGAGAACCAAGUCUUCCACAUGUUCCGCUACUACAGCUUCGGACGCAUGCGUAAGAGUGGCGACCACUUCCUGCUGCUGUCCAACUCGCAGUACAUCACCUGGUGGUCAACUGCCCUCAGCCUCCUCAUCGUCACUUCCGGGUAUCUACAGCUAGUCUUCCUCAAAAGGCUCUUUGUCAGCAAGACAGCAGAGGAAGAGAAGCCGCGCUGCUGACAGACUCGUUUUUGUCCAUCGGAUGUCAGUUAAGAAAACAUGGUGAACCCGGAUCCAGGAGUGAUACUGAAAGGUUCAGUCUGGUGGGCUUUUUUCCUUCUGUGUCGCAUUUGUGCUCUUUCACAGUGUAA